AUGGGCAUACAAGAUCUACAAACUUAUUUAGAAAAUGAAGGAGUAGGUGUUGAUUUAUUUAGAAUCGCCAGGAAUCAUGCGGGCGGUUUUCGAUUAGUACUUGACGCAGAAGGAUGUUUGGACCGCCUAUACGGAGGAUAUUUUUCAGAUUGGGCUUGCGGUGGACAGUGGGCAAGAUGUGUUCAAUUUUUGACAACAUUAGCACAGGCACUAGCAGAACAUCAAGUUGCACUUUGUGUCUGCUUUAAUGGUUCUCACCCUACUCCACCAGCAGUCCCGCAACAGUGGAUCCAAACUCAAGCUACAUACAGACAAAGAGUUAAUUCUGUAUUGCGUCACAUAGUUACAAAAGGAACUCCGCCGCCUAAAGUAUGGUGGGUACCACCAACUGGGCUGCAUUCCUGCCUUAGGACUGCUCUAAGAUACCUUAACAUUCCCAUUAUGGUAUCUUCCGAUGAUCAUUGUCAAGAGGUUGUUGGUUUAUGUAGGGAGAAAACCUAUGCGGGCCUAGUAGGAUGUUCUGGAGAGUAUUUAGUUUUUCAACCACCAAGAUACUUCAGUUCAUCACAAUUAAAACUCACAUAUAGGUCUUCAUUGGAAACGAAAGAAUACAUGCAACAGGUUCCACCAGAAACUCUUAUUAAAACCAUUUGCCAAUUUGUUAGAGAUUUGCCUUCAUCUGAUGUAGACACUGCUUGCAUUGAAAUAUUUGGUGAUCUUAAUGACCUUCGUGCUGCAAAAUUGAAACAAGCUGUUCAGUAUUAUCUUAAUGGAACCAAAGAUGGUUUUUUAAAGUAUCGAACUGCAUCUGGACGUCGCCCCAAGGCAAAUAAGAAAAAUCAGAAGCCGGAUGUGAGUCCUCCAUCAACUUCUGGUGAUAUGGAUACAUCUAAGCUGGCAACAGAAUCAUCAGAACAUGAGCAAAAAGGCUUGGACGACUACAAACUGGCAACUGCGAAUGCUUCAAUCAAUGCUGACUUUAGUAUGGAAAACAGCACCAAUGAUAUGACCCAAGCUAUUGCAUCGAUGACACUUGAAGCAGGUGAUGGGGUCAAUCAUAAACAACAGCAGGCAUCUAAAGUUGGUGAAAGAAAUGAAAAAGACCAUGCUACAUCCAAGGAGGGAGUGCAGAGUUUGACCAAACUGGGUCAUUAUGAGGACAACUGUCCCCCAGCACCGGCAGAAGUCUUGCGGACCUGCGCCGAAAGGCACGCGCGUGGCUUAAUGCAUCCACAAAUGCUUUCAAUCCUAACUCAUCGCCAGAUUACGUUGCCAGUUCUAAUGGAGGACGACAAUCACCGCGAAAUACCCUCGAUCCACCAUUUCUUCAGGCCCAUUAGGCAAAAUGUCUAUGCUAUUCUUUACAACAUGCACCAUCACCGUUUCAUGGCACAGAAAGCUAAAGAGGAAGGAACAGCUAGUUCAUCUUUAUGCAAUGAUAAGCCUUGUCAAGUACAAGUUGCAGAAUGGAUCUACUCUCGUGUAAAUCCAGGGAAAAGUCCUGAAAUUGUGUCCGGAAUUGUCCUUGACUGGCCAGUCCCAACAGUACAAAGGCUCUGGUUCGGCAGAACUGCUCAAGACGAUAAGUGUCGUCGCAUGCGCGCUUUUCUUUCGUGUAUGCGAUCUGACACUCCGCUGAUGUUGAACACAUCCUAUGUACCUCAGCAUUUGUUGAUUUUGGCAACUGUCUUAAGGUUCAUUAUGACAUCACAGAUUCAAAUACUUCGGCGUCAAGAAUUGGACGCAUUUUUGGCGACAGCUUUCUCAAAUGAUCUCAUGAACGCUCUACAUUUGCAGGAAAUGACGGUGAAUGGCAUCAGCUCGCGAGGCGUGCAGCUGGGGGCGCUGGUGAUGGCCGGCGCGGAGGCGGCGCUGCUAGCGAACGACGCGUGCGGUGCGCCCGUGCCGUGGCUGGUGGCCGCGCCCUGGUUGUACUUCGACGGGAAGCUGCUGCAGCGCAACCUGCACCGAGCCGCACACUGCAAGCACCUAGCGCAGCUCUGCGACGACCACCUCGACACCGUUGUCAAGGUGGAGAGAAUGCGUAAAGCGAUACUCGAGGGACUGGAGGUGGAGUUCGCUAUGCCGCCGCUGCCGCUGGUGGCGGGCGUGGUGAGCGGCGCGCUGGGCGGUCAGCUGGGCGGCUGGGCGCGCGGGAGGGGCCGCGGCGCCGGCGCCCGCCUCGAGAUCGCCGGCGUGGUAGUCGGCCAGUGGGGCGGCGGCAGCUACCCGACCCGCACGCACCGCUAUCCGCAGCCGGUGGGCUACGUGGGGUACACGCCGCCGCCCCGUAACGCGUACGGCGGGCGCGGGUGGCGGGGCGGCAGGGGGCGUGGUCGUGGUACGAGGGGGGGGACCGCACGAGGAGGCCAGCGGGGCGCGCGCCGACCCCGCCGCGAGAAUGAUGAGCCCGCGAAGCCCGCUACGCUCACCGUUAAUGGAAAAACAGUGCGACCAGAGGACAUAGGAAUACAGGGGGAUGAUGGCUGUCCACACGAGGACAGUAUUAUUCCGGAAAAUGAAGCUGAAGGAUCUCAAGCUCAGAAAACUAAAUCUGGUAAAAAUAUUAAGAAAAACAUUGGAAAAGGGAAAAAGAAGGGCCCUAAUCCAAAGACUGAUGUAAUUCAACCUAUGGAGGUAAAUGGGCCUCUUGACAAGAACAAGGUGGUGGAGCUUUGCCAUAAUUCUGAAAAGGAGCACAUUGGUCAAGGCGAUGCCCCUGAAUCUAAC